AUGCGUCGCCGUCCCGGUCAUCCAAGCGCCAAUGCAGCCGACUCCGAUGCCAUGCAGCGCGCGCGCUACGCCAAUGACGGGGGAGAUCCAGGCGUCGCUCUAGUGAAAGCCAUAGCUGGCAAAGCUCUGCAGUCUCCCAAGGUCCGCGUGGGGCUGGUGCUGUGGGCUGUGGGCCUCUUCUUCAUGCUCCUGGCGCCGGGUCUGAGCCAGGUGACGCCGGAGAUGAAGACCACGUACGAGCACAUGGUCGUGGAGGCCGCCAACAUGCCAGAGUACCACGAGGCCUACGCCAAGUACACUGAGGCUCAGGCGUACGCUGACGAGGCCAAAGUCUGGUUCUGGCGCUUCCGAGAGCCGUACAAGACGCUGGUGGACCAGCGCCAGCCAGCGGCCGACAAGUGGGCGGCCGAGGUGGCGAGAACGGAGCGCGAGCGGGAAGACAAGAUGAAGAAAGCUCGAGCUUAUGUGGGCCUCUGGUCGGACUUUGGUCUGGCGGACGUGCGCGCUCGAUUCUGGAGCGCCUUUGAGAGGGGCAAGCUCUUCGCGCAGCAGCAGACGUUCUACCACAUGAUCAUGCGCGUGCUGUCGGCGCGCGACGAGGACAUCCUGAGUACGGUGCUCAACUGGGUGUUCGUGGCUGUCAUGAAUUUCACGACGGGGCUGCUGGGAGCGCUCUUCUACUUCUUCUUCUCGCUCGUGAACAUGGUGUUCUCGUACCAGCCGGACCCGCUCAGUGCCACGGCGUUCGUGGUGCUGGGCUUCAUCGGCGCCGCAAGCGUUGUGGCCUCGUAUUUAUUCGCGAUCUACGGCAUGGUGGCGAGUGGAGUCUACGUAGUGGGCAAGGUUGUGGUGCGUGACGCACUGGAGCAGGAGCGACGCCAGCAGCAACUGCGUGGUGAACGACAGGAAUGGUAG